GCUCGCUACUUUUUGGCCUGCACUCUACGUGUACGCACGCAGAGCUUGAAGCAGAUAACGCGCGCAGGGAAAGCAGAAGUGGGUUCGUGUUAGGAGCCUUAGAACAAUGGCGGUUAACAAAAUAUCUACACUCUUAAAGCUCUAUCUCUUCGCUUAUAACUCGCUUCAGGCCAUUGCCUGGUUGAUGUCUCUUAUCAUAAUUUUGAGAAGCCUAGCGUCUACCAAGUCGAUCAAUGGAACCUAUGCUUCUGCUGGAGGCCUGAUCUGUGUCUUACAAACUUCUGGAUUCAUGGAAGUUAUACAUGGAGCCAUAGGCAUUGUUCCAAGCGGAGUUUUGUCGCCGCUGAUGCAGUGGGGUGGAAGAACACAUUUCUUGCUGGCAAUCGUCAGUAAAAUCAAGGAGAUCCAGGAGUUGCCAGCAGUUUUCAUAACAUUCCUCUUUUGGAGCCUAGGUGAGAUAAUUAGAUAUCCACAUUAUGCAUUGAACUGCAUUGGAACUUGUCCAUCUUGGAUCACCUACCUCAGGUACACUGCAUUCAUUGUGCUGUAUCCUAUAGGAAUUGGUGGCGAAAUAUGGCUUAUGUUCCAAGCACUUCCUUAUAUAAGAGACAAGAACCUCUAUGCAAAUUCUUUUGCUGGUCUCCCCUUUGGCUAUUAUGAUUUUGUCAGGGUUUUGCUUUUGUUCUAUCCAUUCCUUUGGUUGAAACUUUACAUCUAUUUAUUCACGCAACGUCGGAAAAAACUGGGCCAGCAGAAAGCAAAGAGAAAGAUGAAGUGAAGGACCUGAAGCUGCUUCUGUGUAACCCUGUACUUCAUUUCUUAACUUACGCUUGGGUAAGUAUGCUCCUUAUAACAACUCAUGCUUCCACAGUAUCUUAUGUAAUAAAUUCAUUUUCAUAUUUGCAACUCCUUGAUUUGGCAAUUUGACAACGGUAAUAAUAUAGUAUAGAAAAUAGAUUAUGUAAUUUUCUAUCAGCUUAAAUUUUUCAGAAAACUAGUUCAAACUUUUUUAUUACUAUGGUAUUAGAAUUGGAGAUGUUGAAUUCAAAAACUUGGGAACCUCAUCUCUCUCCAAUUAUUUAUCUAAUCCUUCUUUCCAUUCCCUACUGUUGGGCCAACUUACUGCUUAGGCUUCUAUUAGAUAUUCAUGCUUUUGUGUGGCCUCUUUGUUAUUUGGGUUCACUUAGGACUUUGGAAACCUGGUUUCUUCCUAUUAUUCAUUACUUCGUUCUUUCAUUGCUCAGUAUUACGCCUUCUUAUCGUAUGGGCUUUCUUCAGGCCUUAAAGCCUGGCCUUCUUGUUGUUUAGUUUUCUGCUAAGCCUUCUUGUAAUUUGGCUUUCCAUGAAUUAGUGUUUCUUUCUAAUAUUUAAUUUUUUAUUCUUUUUGGAUUUGCGUUGAGUACGUGUGUUAAGAUUAAAACUCUCGUUUGUAUUU